CACAUCGACGGCUUGCAGCGAAGGCCAUUUUUAAUGCUUGCAUUUAGAACAGGAAUAGUGUGCUAUAAAUUCGAGACGAUGCCCCAGGCUUGAUUCAUGAUACGCAUUUCCUUUUUUUGCUCAUGCUACCAUCAGGGAAGAAGGGACAGACACAAUAAAAUUAACGAGGCUCUUGGCACUGCCAUAUCUCGGGCGACAGGGACGCGAGACAUCUCUUCUAGAACCAGGACAGCCAGAUUUGACGCGCCAAAUCGCACCGCGGAUCCGAUGCCCGCCAACACCAAACCGACGCCGGCAGACAUCCACUACGGCCCGCCACCCGAGGCCAGCCCAGUCGCCGAGGCCGCCGGACACUGCAUGAGCCGCUGGCUGUCCCAGUCGGCGGCCCAAGAUCCCUGGUCCCCGCAUCGCGUCGCCCCAGGGGGCCACGGCCCCGGCCGGCACUCGGAAGUUUUGUGGGCCGCGCCUGGAGACGUCGGGUGCGAGGGCUGGAGUACCCGGGCGACGCAGGGGAGCGCGCGGUCGUGAUGGAGUGAGCUGAGCGGUUGGAGGCAUAUGUGUUCGUUGUAGGGGGAGGUACCCUGUUUGCUUGGG